ACCUAAAACCACCGCCUAGACGCCGCUCGUCCAUCUAUCCUCCAUCUGCAUUUCCGUGCACUCAGUCUUCAACAGUCAGCUAUGUUUCGUGUGUCCUGCGUCGCGAUCUUGGCUCUGGCCGCGUCCCUCAGCCAUGGCUUCGUCCUCCGCAGCCCCGCCAGGCAGAGGCUCGCUGCAGCCGCUCCACAGGGCCAGAGAUGUGCAGCGAGGUACCGUGUGUGCAGGCAAUGCGUCGGGAGGCUAUGCAUGAAGGUGGGGGCACAGAGAUCUGCAGAUCUGUCAUUGCAUUGCAGUCUGUGUGCCCUUCCCUUCCUGCUGAUUGCAGGUUGGAGUGCUGUUCAGCACAUCGACAGGCAACUGCGAGACGGUGGGCGGCUACAUCGUCCAGGCGGCCAAGGCGGCGGGGCUCGACGUCGACGAUCUUAAAGAGGUGGGUGUGCCGCCACUCACACAACCAUCCAUCAUCAGACAGCUUUUGUGCGUAUGGGUCUGUCUGCAGGUGAGCGAAGCGCGUGAGAUCGAGAAGUACAGCGGCUUGAUAGUGGGCGCGCCGACCUGGAACACGGGAGCCGACUCCGAGAGGUCGGGCACCUCAUGGGACGAGUGGCUGUACAGCGACCUGCCCUCGCUCAACCUCAAGGACAAGAAGGUGGCUGUCUUCGGUGUCGGCGACCAGAUCUCAUACGGAGACAACUUCUGCGACGCUGCCGGUGAGCUCUACGACCAAUUCCUCAAGGUCACCACAGCACAGCACACACCCACCCACACAGACAGACCGACAGACAGACCGAACGGCACCGACUCGUGGUCGUAUGCAGGCUGGUUGUAAGAUGCUCGGGUUUACCAGCACUGACGGCUAUGACCAUGACGACAGCAAGGCGCUGCUGCCCGACGGCCGUUUCUGCGGACUGAUGCUCGACGAGGACAACCAGUCGGAGGAGUCGGAGGGCCGGGCCAACAAGUGGAUAGAACAGCUCAAGGGAGAGGGCCUCUUCGCGUAAAUGACACAAUGGAUGGAUGAAGACGUCACAGACAGAGAAGAC